GAGCUUUAACUGUGUUUUCAACACCGUAUCGUAACCGUUCUGUCAGCUGGUAAAAUGUGAACGUUGUCUCUUGGGGUUUGCAACCUUCCACUGCGACGUGCUGAUGUGAAGUUUUGUCCCUGAGUGAAAAGGGCAGAGCUGGCCAGCGUGUGCUGUGUAGGAAUCAUCUUGCAUGGACCUGUCACCAUGAGCAACAAGGAGAUGGUUUCCCCAGAGACAGAAAACAAAGGACAGAGGAAGGUGUUCCUUCCUAACAAGCUGCUAGAGUGUCUCCCUCGCUCCACCACUCUACCCAACGAGCGUCUGCGAUGGAACACUAACGAGGAGAUUGCCUCUUACCUGAUAUCAUUUGACAGACACGAGGAGUGGCUGUCCUGCACAUUAAAGACCAGGCCGAAGAAUGGAAGCAUCAUCUUGUACAACAGGAAGAAGGUGAAGUACAGGAAGGAUGGUUACUGCUGGAAGAAAAGGAAGGAUGGGAAGACGACAAGAGAGGACCACAUGAAGCUGAAGGUCCAGGGCAUGGAGUGCCUUUAUGGUUGCUACGUCCAUUCCUCCAUUGUGCCCACAUUCCACAGACGAUGCUACUGGCUGCUGCAGAACCCAGACAUUGUGCUGGUGCACUACCUGAAUGUGCCGUCCCUGGAGGAUUCUGGGAAAUGCAGUCCACUUCUGUGUGCGGUAUCUGACCGCCAUGACAGUGUCAGAUGGAGCCGGGAUGACCUGCUGAGUCAGCUGAAGCCCAUGUUCCACAGUAUGAAGUGUUCGCUCGGAACGGGAGAUUUUAGCAUCGAGGAGUUGGUGCAGCACAUUUUGGAGCGUCAGAGACCCAAACCACAGCCGCGCACACACACAUGUCUCUGUAACACCGCCCAAGUUUCACCAGGAGUCAACAUUCCUCACCGCUGCAACAGCACCAAACACCGCAUUAUUUCGCCCAAACUGCCCGCUGCUGCCGCAGCCGCCUGCACACCCUCACCAUCUCCACUGGCAGCAGAGGCGGGGGAGGCAGGAAGGGCAGGAGGACCAGGAGAAGCCAAACUUCCCCACCUGCAGGCUCAGAGCAGCCCCGCCUCCUCACCCUCUUCAAUCUCCGCCUCUUCGCCCCCCCGACCCCACAGAGCCCCCACGAUCGCUGUGAGCAGUCAUAACAACAGUUUCUACGGUGACCAUCGUCCCAGCCUGACUACGGUGGCGCUGCCCCAGAACGCAGUCAUAGUAAUGGCAACGACCACCGCCAUCCCCGGCGGAAGAGGGGUGGGGUCAGCAGGAGGUGCAGUCAGAGCAGAGGAGGUGGCAGCGUCUCAGAGGAGGAGCCUGUCACUCACUCAUUCGGGCCAGUUGCUGCUCUCGUCCACCCUCCCUCCAGCUGCCCUGCAGGCGUCAGGUGUGGCCAGCUGCCCCUCCCCUCCUACUUCUGCCUCACCCAACACAUCCUCCUCUUCCUCCCUCCCUCCUGCUGCCACUGUCCGGGCCCCUGGUGUCACCACCCUCUCUCUCACCCUCCUCCCACCUCCAGUUAUUGGAAGCCUUCUCCUUACCCCGUCUUCAUCGUCUUCCUGUUCCUCCUCCUCUUCGUCAUCUUCCAUUUCUUCGUCCACAAGCCGCUCACCUCCCCCUCCUGCAGCCAGCUCACCACCAUCUCCCCCCACCUCCUCUCCAUCACCACCUCUACCCACCUUUGACCCAGACUCUUUCCUAAACUCACCCAAACAGGGUCAGACAUACGGUGGACCCCUUCCUCCUUUAACUUCUAUCUCCUCCACCUCCACUACUUCUCCGCCAACUCCUCCAUCCCUCGCACUCUCCCUCUCACCCACCCUCACCCCUCCCUCCUCAGUUUCACCUCCUUCUUCCCUCUCUUCCUCUUCCUCCUGUGACGUAGAGAGACGGGACUCUGCCUCCUCUUCCUCCCCUCUGUCGUCCUCCCUUCCGCCAUCUAUCUCCCUGUCAUUGUCUCCCACCUCCACAGUGGCCCCACCUCUCCUCCCCCUGUGCCUGGAGUUAGGAGGUUUGGGGGAGAAUGACAUGGGGAGGCAAGAGUGUGAGAAAGCCAGCAGGGCCGAAGAAAUUAGGGAGAGGCGGGGAGGUGAUGAUGAUGAGGAGGAUGAUGAAGGUCAAGCUCCUCCCACCAAGCUGGCGCUGUUGCAGCCGAGCCGCGUCCCCUCUUCCUUGUCACCACGGCAAACAGGAAAUGGUUCUUCUUCGUUGCUCCUCGUUUGCCAAGAAACUCCCCCUACAAACAAUCAGACACAGCAACAUACUGAUGCUCAGCCUCCAUUGGUCCUGACACAGCCCUACACUCAGCAGACAAUGGCUGAAGUCCCACCUCCAAAUAACAUUUCCCAUCAGCCCCUGCUACAGCAGAUGUCCAUUUUCACUCAACCAAAGUCUACAACAGAUCUCGUCCCUUUGGCUCCACCCAAUUUAGCCCCACCUCCUGUCCAGGUGAAGGAGGAGAGCAGGCACGAGCGUGAGGACGACUCCAUUGACAUGGCUCUUGAUGAAGACGAUGCUGUGGCGUCCUGUGAGCAGGCAGAGGAGGAGCUGGACAUCUCCUUUGACAGCCAGUUCCCUGACCUCAUCUCAGAACUCAUCACUGAGGAGGCCAAUCCUGUGACAGCUCACCCGCCAGCAUCUGCUGCCACCACCACUGCACCAACAACAGCGAUGUUCCCAGCUGUAGUGCGAUACGUGGUGCCCCCACAACCCUCGCCUUCGUCCUCCUUCCUGCCCUUCCCACAUCCCCUGCCCUCCUCUUCCUCCACCCGCCCGGCCUCCAUCACCGACUUCUCCCCAGAGUGGUCAUACCCCGAGGGUGGUGUGAAGGUGCUGAUCACAGGGCCGUGGAACGAGCAGUCAGGUCGGUACGCAUGUGUUUUUGACCAGAGUUCCGUCCCCGCCUCUUUGAUCCAGCCUGGAGUCCUGCGCUGCUAUUGCCCUGCACACGAGGCCGGUCUGGUGUGUCUACAGGUUCUGGAGUCUGGAGGUUCUGUUUCUUCUUCAGUGCUGUUUGAGUACAGAGCACGGAACGCCAGCUCCCUGCCCAGCUCCCAGCUAGACUGGCUCUCACUGGAUGACAAUCAGUUCAGGAUGUCCAUACUGGAACGUCUGGAACAGAUGGAACGCCGAAUGGCAGAGAUGGCUGCUCGUGACAACAACCGCCAACACCAACAACAUUAUCAACAGCAUGGCAACCGGCUGGCAUCACUCCCUCCACCAGCCCAACCAGAGGACCAUGAGCAGUGGUUUGAGCGCAGAAUUGUAGGCGUGUGUGAGCGGAUGAUGAGGGUUGGACGGUGGGGAGGAGGAGGAGGAGGAGGAGCAGGAGGUGAAAGAGAAGAAGUAGGAGGAGGUGAGAGACUUCAGCACUCUGUUCGUCAUCGUGGAAUGACACUGCUCCACCUGGCUGCUGCACAAGGAUACACACAUCUGAUACAAACGCUGAUCUACUGGAGGAGUAUAAAUGCAGACUCUCUGGAUCUGGAACAGGAAGUGGACCCUUUGAACGUGGACCACUUCUCCUGCACCCCUCUGAUGUGGGCCUGUGCUUUAGGCCACCAGAGGGCAGCAGAGCUCCUGUACGGUUGGAACAGCCUGGCGCUAGGAAUCCCUGAUUCCCUAGGCCGGCUGCCACUGGCGGUCGCUCGCUCUCGCGGACACACACGGCUAGCUUCAGCACUAGAGGGGCUGCAUGUGAAUCACCCCACUUCACAGACCACGCCCCCUAGUGACACGCAAACAUUGUCCACGGACGCACAAACGCCAGCUACGCCACAACCACAGCUUCCACUGUCUCCUCUGUCUACAAGUCCUGACACAGGUCUCAGCUCCUCCAGCAGCAUCCCCUCUCCCAGUGACCCCUCCUCUCCUUCACCCAGCUCUGCCUAUUCCAGUGGGCCCACCCCCAUGGAUACCUCCCCUUCUUCCCCAUCUUCUAAUUCCUCACCCUCCUCGUCUCCACCCUCUGCCUCCUCAUUUCCUUCAGUAUCCAUGUGGGGGGAGGAGCCUAACACCGGCUUCAGCUCAGGUGUAAACGCUGGAAGUUCCAGAGAGUUUCCGUUGUACCUCAUGGACUACGAGAGUGCCUCCCCCUGCCACGCACACAUCUACACACACACAGCAUCAACCAGUGGACGGCGGUUGCACACAACCAGCUCAACGGUGACACUGGAGGAGGAGCUGCUCAGCUACAGCGAGAACGCAGAGAACGAAGGCGAAGAGGAGGAGUAUCUGGAAGAGGAGGUGUUACAGGUUGACAUGGCGGUGCUCGCAGAGCAAAUCAUUGAGGCCACACCUGAGCGAAUCAAGCAGGAGGACUUUCCCAGGGGGGCAGAGUCACCGCUCAGGGAGAGACGAGACAAUCCCGCCAUUCAAGACACCUGGCUGGCUACAUACCUGGAUACGGUGGACGUUCACACCCACUCCCCACCAAGGCGGGUGUGCCCCCCCUCCCCUCUGAGUGCACUGGCCCUUCAGAGACUGCGCCCCCCCUCCUCUGCGGCGUGGGCAGAGUUCCUGAACGCCUCAGCUAAUGGAAAGAUGGAGAGAGACUUUGCCCUGCUGACACUGACAGACGGUGAACAGAGGGAGUUGUACGAAGCUGCCAGGGUCAUCCAGAACGCCUUCAGGAGAUACAAGGGCCGGAGGUUAAAGGAGCAGCAGGACAUGGCAGCAGCUGUCAUUCAGAGAUGCUACAGGAAAUACAAACAGCUAACAUGGAUAGCUCUGAAGUAUGCACUCUACAAGAAGAUGACGCAGGCGGCCAUCUUAAUCCAAUCCAAGUUCCGAUCAUACUAUGAGCAGAAGCGGUUCCAGCAGAGUCGGCGGGCGGCGGUACUGAUCCAGCAGUACUACCGCAGCUAUAAGCAAGCACCACGUGGUGGCACCAGCCACAGCGCUAAGAUGAAGGGCUCGUUUUUGACGAAGAAACAGGACCAGGCAGCGAGGAAGAUCAUGAGGUUUCUGAGACGCUGCAGACACAGAAUUAAAGAGCUGAAGCAGACAAGAGAGCUGGAGAGAAGAGGACUGACAACAUUAUGAUGACAUCAUCAGGGAUAGGAGAGCGUUGUCUUCACGUUAUGUCAUCACAGCCUGUGACGUCACACCUUUUGAUGUCACAUAUGGUGAUGAGCAUAAGUUAAAAUGUUAUGCGUCAGAAAGUGACGGCACCAUGAGUGUAAGAGACAGAUGUUUACGUUGUGUUUGAGGGUCGUUUGUAAAGAUGUGACUGUACAAAGAUGUGUAAACACACUUAUACAAACUUAUAUUUACAUAUAAAAAUAUAUAUAAAUAUAUAUAUUAUAUAUAUACUUAUAUAUAUAUAUUCUAAAGUGUACGUUAUAGAAGCUGUGGAUGUUUGUAUUUAUUACAGCAUGAACUGUGCGUGUGUGUGUGUGUACGUGCUGCACAGAAUAUGGAGUCUUAAGAAGCCCUCUGACCUCUGAGAUGGGUCAGGUGGGUCCCCCCCCCCUUUAGACCGUAUUAUAAUCUUUUCAGCAAUGGCACCUAGAACCGAGCAUGAGCUUUAAUUCUCUGUGUUUUUUUUCCCUUGUUUCUAAAUCAAGGACAUUUAAAAAAUAUCUCUGUUGCAGUGAAGCUUAGCAUGAGUUUGUACCAAAAUCACAUGAUUAAAUCUAAUGUUUGCUACUGGUUUUUUCCUCACUUGCUGUUCCCUGUCUGCAGCACAGGACACGGCCUUAGAGAGAAAGCACAGAACUGUUGAUAAGAACCAACCUAAAUAAAAGUGAUGGUUGUCAACUGUGGACUGUUUCAGUCAGACACAAAUGCCACUUGUUUUUA